UGAUGCAAGUUCAGACGCGGAUCGGAUUCAUCAGGCCAUCGAGGCUGGCAAUCUUUCCUCACCUACAAGACAAGUUCAGCUACACCUUCGUGAUCGAUGAAGCCACAUUGACCUUCGCCACAGCCAAGCCCCAGCUGCCGCCCCGCUGGCGGAGCCUCUACCACCCCUUCAGCGGGCAAGUGUGGGCGGCUGUGGUCGGCCUCCUCUUCCUAGUCCCGCCCACUCUCCUGCUGGUUGCUCGCUUGGAGGUGGCCAUCACCCCAGAGGAAGGAGAAGGAAGGAGUCCCCCAGGACCCUUGCUGGUGACGCAGGACGUGGUGGGGACGCUUCUGGGGCAGGACCUCACCAGACGCCUCCCCAGCAGGAGCUCCACACAGAUUGUGGUGGGAGCGUGGCUGGUGUUGGCCUUCAUCGUGGGCACGGCUUACCGGGGCAACCUUACUGCCUUCCUCACUGUACUCAAGUACCCGCCCAGACCAGAGAACCUCGAGCAGCUCUUAAAGACAGAUGCAAGAGUGAUUAUGCCUGCUUACUUACGCACUCUCUUCUAUGACUCCUUCAAGAAGUCCAACUCCACUCUGAACAAGAUGCUGGUUGAUCGUACCUACUUUGUAGCCUCGCACGCUGAGGGACUGCAACAUGCAGUGGAGAAAAA